CCUCAGGGUCCUCCGCCCCGCGGGCCGGCAUUCGGAGCGCCCGGCCCGGCCCGCCCCCGCCGGCGGGAGGCUGCGGAGGCUGCGCGGGGCGGGGACUGGCGCAGGAGGAGAAGAUGGCGGAGGCCGAGGUUUGGGUAUCUCCUAAUUGAAAUCCCAACGACAAGUGAAUCCUCCUCAGUGAGCCUGUUGGAUGUGUCUGAGAGCAUAAGAAGUCAUGGCGGAAAAUGACGCCAAGCCAACAUUACCCAAAAAGAGUGGUCCAUACAUUUCAUCUGUAACCAGUCAUGGGAUGAAUUUGGUAAUUCGUGGUAUAGUGCUGUUUUUUAUUGGCGUAUUUCUUGCAUUAGUGUUAAACUUGCUUCAGAUCCAGCGGAAUGUUACUCUCUUCCCCCCUGAUGUGAUCACAAGCAUCUUCUCCUCAGCUUGGUGGGUUCCACCUUGCUGUGGCACAGCAUCAGCUGUGAUUGGGUUAUUGUACCCAUGCAUGGACAGACAUCUGGGGGAGCCACAUAAAUUUAAGAGAGAAUGGUCCAGUGUAAUGCGGUGUGUAGCAGUCUUUGUGGGAAUAAAUCAUGCCAGCGCUAAAGUGGAUUUUGCCAACAAUAUCCAGUUGUCUCUCACCUUAGCAGCCCUGUCAGUUGGGCUGUGGUGGACAUUUGAUAGAUCACGAAGUGGCUUUGGUCUUGGAGUAGGAAUUGCUUUCCUGGCCACGUUGGUGUCACAGCUUCUGGUCUACAAUGGAGUUUAUCAAUACACAUCUCCAGAUUUCCUUUACGUUCGUUCCUGGUUGCCAUGUAUAUUUUUUGCUGGUGGAAUAACAAUGGGCAAUAUUGGCAGGCAGCUGGCAAUGUAUGAAUGCAAAGUCAUUGCAGAGAAGUCUCACGAGGACUGAAGAGGAACAGCAUGCACCUUUAAAACAGGAAAAUAUCUGACAAAUGACUGUUGGAGGAGCAUAAGGAACACUUGACUACGAAAUUGCCAAAAUGCAAUUUUUUUUUCUCUUCAGUGGUAUAUUUUACUGCAAUCUGUGAUUGCUGCUUCUAUAGAAACUUUAAUGUCUGAUUUUUGAUUACUGUGAAGUUACAAUAGUAUGCAAUACAUUUGAUAAUGUUGGUUCAAUUAUAGGAUUCUUUUUUCCAAAUCUAAACUGAGUUUACCAUAACUUCUUGUCUGUCCAUAAUGUUGCAGUGCCAAACUGAACCUUUGCACUAUGUCUAUGUAGCUGCAACUUCUGCUUCACUUUAUGUUGAAGGUUUUUAGGAAUUUGUUCUUAAUAGCUCAGUGAAAAAUGUGGGAUUCAGACUUAGGAAUGAAGAUCUUCUCUUUACAUGAUGAUAGUUAGAAAUGCAUUUAAGAAAUUCAUGGUUUGCAAGUGGGCCUUGAUGCAAUAAGUAACUGAUUUCUGCCUGUUAACACACUGUCAUUCACAUCACAGAUGAGGAGGCUUAGUAUGAGUUGUGUGGGUUAUUGAUGUAUCAUUUUGUUUGUGUUCUGUGUCCAGCGUCAUAUAUCCAGAGCACAGAAAUGGAGACUGGGCCUGGAAACGAUAUACAUGCUUGGAUAUGGAUUUGUGUUGGACCAUCAUCAGAUGUGGACAUACUCUCUGAAAGUAUUUUUUGUGUUGAGUAACAGUUCGUUUUUACUCUAUAGGGUGUUGAGGUGCAGGAACAGGCUGCCCAGAGAAGAUGUGGAUGCUCUGUCUCUAAAGGAGUUCAAGUCUGUGUUGGAUAGGGCCUGGCAGCUUGAGCUGGGGAGCAACCAACCCAUGGCAGGGGGUUGGGACAUGUUAGGGUUUUUUUUAUUAUGAAACCAUUCUGCUGAACUAAAUCAGCCACUACCAUAUAGUGUCAGAAAGGCAUCCAUUACCAAUGCUAUUUCUGUUAGUUCUUGUCUUUUCCCCAUUCUGUUUGCAGGGAAGACAAAGGCUGUGUUUUAGGUACUGAAGUAGCCCUUACUGCUGUAAUAGUGGUCCAGGCACUCAAAUACAUUUGUUCUCAUAGCAACAUUGUGAAGUACAGAGGUACUGUUGUCCUUAUUUUACAGGUGCCUGUGCACAGAAAGUCUGACAGGACAAAGCUGAAACAGGCCACGUGCUAAAUCUGUUCUCUUCUUGAGAAGGACUUCAGUGUGAUCCAUGGUCUUGGGCAUAUAUGGAAUUUCUUCAUGUUGGCUUUGCAGCUCCCUUUUAAGAUCCUGAGAUGAAAGCAACAGUGCAAGAAGGCAGAAAGGAGACUGAAAAAGGAUUCUGCCAGCCUAUGCCAGUAGUGAAUUUGGUGUGAAAAGUCUGCUUUGUUUUCCUCCUAUUUCUGUGUUAAUGUUUUAAUGUGUUGGUUGUCUUGAAGUAUAUUUUUAAAAUCUUCUAUGAAAGGUUUAUAAGAAAUGUUAGUCACCUAAGGAGACUGGAGUUGGUCCAAAGAACAAAUAGAUGUUUAGACAAGUUUUUAUUAAUGUGUAUAUGCAUUGUACACAAAGCUUGAAAUAGGAGACUCUUUUUCAGUCUUACACACUUACUCUAAGCCUGAAAAGCAUGCAUUGGAGUGCUUCCAAAAACAUUGGCCAUGAGAAGGAAAAUUUAUUGAUUGGAAGAGUGUGAAAACAGUAAUCAACUUGGCUCUUGGAGCUUGAUUCUGCAGCUUCACUCUUCCAUUAGCUUAUUAAGGUUCCAUGACAAUUCUGCACCAAAAAGCACUCUUACAUUUGGUAACAGCUCAAGGAAGCACUUGUAGAUGCCCUUGAUUUUAAACUGUCAUAAAACAUGUUGCAGCAGGUUCCUGACUAGAGAUUUGCUUUUAAUCAGACAGUGUGAUAAUAAAAAUCAUUUAAUGAAUAACACAAAGAAGCCUUUUGAGCAUGAAGGGAGUUUCCUUAGGCAGGCUCUGGUAUACCACUAAGAAUAAAAACUUGUCCUUUCUGUGCAGUAUUUGGCCUGAUCUGCCUUCUUCACUUAAACAAAUGGUUUCAGCUUGGUAGGCAGCAUGGUGAGUCCUCUUGGAUUAUCAAGGUACAAGUGGCAUAAUAAUGCAGAUGUUGGUUCUUAUCCGAACUGGAGAAAAACAUGGUACCUCAGUCAGUGUGCUGACUUGGUGAACAAUUCUUUUCAUCCUGAUCAGUAAGUGCGUACAGCUGGAGAGGAGUUGUUUGUGUUAGUCACUUGAUGAUAGAGCUGCUUUUACUGCCAGUCUAAAUAUUUACGCAGCAGCCUUGUGUAUGUUAAAAUGCGUGCAGUAUGUGAGAAGUGAUUAUUGUGCAUUUAUGGCACCCACUUUACAGCACUUUGCACUCAGAUUAUCUACGAUCAGACUGUGCUGUCAGCUACCUUUUAAAUUUCAUUUUGGAAAUUUUGAGCAUGUCUUGCGAAGGCAGCAGUCAUCCAAAAUCUCUUUGGGUGGAGUCCUUUAUUACAUGUGUUUUGUUUUUUAUUGUUACUUGACUGAAGUUGCUACAAGAUUUGAGAUCUUGGAUGUGUAUUUUAUUUUUUUUUUUCAAACUGCAUUGUAACUUUAUGGCUGAUGUGUUCAAACCCUGAAAAAGGUCCAAGAUGAGAAUGCAGACACGGCCUUAACUGUAGUGGUGUGAACAUGCUACUACUGUAUAGCAUGUAAUUAUAGACCGUCUUUAAAAUGUUCAAUAGAGAAUAAAUAAGGUAUAUUUUAGAUACAACUUUAUAAGCACUGUAACUUCUUCACUAAUUAAGCGUUGUAAGCUCUAUGCUGUUUAAGCUGGCAAAAUGCUGUUAAAAGCAACAUGUGCAUUAAAUACAACGAUAACCUUG